AAACUGAGGAGAAGAAGAAAGGAUCGAUCAGCAGGAGGCGCCAACGCACUGCAGAAAUGACACAGAAGAAGAAAUAUCCGGAAGCGUGAGGUCGAUCGUCAACGUGAGCGGAGAAAUUUGUUGAUCAAAUGGAUGGUGUGUCAGGUGAUAUCAUGGUGACCUCAACAAACAGGAAGUGCUCUGCUGUCACAGGAAGUGCCAGAAAGAUCAAAGAUAAUGCAGCUGACUGGCACAACCUGAUACUGAGGUGGGAAAAACUCAACGAGGAUGGAUUCAAUGUCGCAGCAUACAUCGUUAAUAUGAGACUUUCUCAGAACAGUCAGCUGCAGCUGGUGGACCAGUCUUCAUCACCUUCAUCACCUUCAUCAGCUUCAGCAGCUCCAGCAGCUCCAGCAGUUGGCGCUGCAGAGCUGCAGGAUGAAUGCUGCAAACUUCAGGACGUUGUUGACAAAAUGGUCACCGUGGUGAAAAAGAUGGAGCAACUGAUGACAUCACAGCGAGGCAUUCAGGAUCUGGAGGAAUUCCAGUUCGGACCUGAAGGAAGAAAGUGUCCUCUGUUUCACACCUGGAACACCAAACAGUUUAAGUUAUUGUCUGGUGUCCUGUGGGAAGCCUUCAGUCAGGAGCUGAAAUUGAAGCAGACAAUCCUGCAGGAACUCGCCCACACUGAGACUUCUGACCUGUGCAUGGUCUACUUGUCUUGCUGGCUGCACCAGCCCUUUAUACCCCCGCAGAUCAGACUUACCCUGGAGUCUGUGUUGCUGGAGACGGGGCACCGGCCACUGUGAGCUCAUCUGCCGCCCAGGGUCAUGAGGUCAAUGUCGGGGUCAUCUCUGAGAAUCCAGGUGUUAGCCUGGCUUAAAGGCGGUUUAGGAGUAAUUUACUAACCUAGUAGUCUGAUUAACAUUUCUGGCUUAUUGAACAGGUGUAGAAAUAGAAACAGGUAAACUCAGGUGAGUUCACCUGCAGCCUGGACUUUAACUCUUUCAUGUCCACCAGGCAUGCAAGUUGAGCUUUUCUUUCACUGUUACCUUUACUGUACAGGUGCGUUUCUGUCAGAGCAGCUCAAGUCUCUGAAUCCUGAAAUUAACUGUGAAUGUUGAUAAAUGUCUAUUUAUUAAGUGCUGACAUUAAAUAAACAAGUAUUUCAUUUGUUACUUAAAGUAAAACUAGUUUUUGUUUUGUUUGAUGUCUUUAGAGUUUAAUUUACUGGUGAGAAAAUACAACUGAAGUACAACGUAUCUGGUAAUUCAGAAACUACGAGACACUGAUGUGUCACUGAGAAUUUAUUAAAAAUGCAAUGUUCACAACGAUGAACAAAAGCUACUCAGACAGAAAGCGUGAUUUGAGUUUGUCACAUCAGUUUAUUGGAGGAACAUGAAAUAUGUUUAAUGCAUUCAGCACUUGAACGAUCAACAUGACAAAUCAAUAAACUUUGAUUUCCUCAAAACUGUUUUCAGUCCGUCCUCACGUCGAUUCUCCAAACGAUUACAAACAUUGAGUUCACACGUUUGGAAAAUGUUUUGCUGUGAAGUUUUAUAAAAAGUAAUAAAAUAGUGCAACCUUU